GCGCGUCCGCUCUCGCGGUGGCGACCGACUGGUAGGGGAGGCGACCCCGGCUUUCUGCUCUGCACUGUGGAGGAGGUGGGGAGGUGUUGGGCCAGGGCUGAGGUAGGAGGGAGUCUGUCCCUCGACGCCUCCUGCGACGCCAGCCCCUGAGCCAUGAUGCGAACGUGGGUCCUACUCUUCGCGGUGCUCUGGUGCCUCACAGGAGACAAAAUAUAUGUAAAGUUACAUCAAAAUAGUCCAGUCCUUACCUGUAUGGAUUUUAAGCUUUCUAAAAAAGAAAUAGUGGACCCCACCUACUUAUGGAUUGGGCCUAAUGAAAAGACGUUAACAGGAAAUAAUAGAAUAAAUAUAACUAAAACUGGACAGCUGAUGGUGAAAGAUUUUUUGGAGCCUUUGUCUGGACUUUACACAUGUACUCUUUCUUAUAAGACUGUUAAAGCAGAAACCCAAGAAGAAAAAACAGUCAAAAAGAGAUAUGAUUUUAUGGUCUUUGCCUAUCGGGAACCUGAUUAUUCAUAUCGGAUGGCUGUACGUUUUACCACAAAGUCUUGUAUAGGGAGAUACAAUGAUGUAUUCUUUAGAGUGCUAAAGAAAAUCUUGGAUAAUCUAAUGUCUGAUUUGUCAUGCCAUGUCAUAGAGCCAUCAUAUAAAUGCCAUUCUGUUGAAAUUCCAGAACAUGGCCUCAUCCGUGAGCUAUUUAUAGCAUUUCAAGUUAAUCCUUCUGCGCCAGGGUGGAAAGGUGCUUGCAAUGGACCUGCUGACUGUGAAGAUACCACUAAUCAUAAUAUCCUCCAGGCAAGAGAUCGAAUAGAAGAAUUUUUUCGGAGCCAAGCAUAUAUUUUCUAUCAUAACCUUAAUAAAACUCUACCAGCAGUACAUUUUGUGGACCACAGUUUGCAAGUAGUACGUCUGGAUAGCUGUCAACCAGGCUUUGGAAAAAAUGAAAGUCUACACAGUAAUUGCGCUAGCUGUUGUGUGGUUUGUAGUCCUGCAACUUUUAGUCCUGAUGUUAAUGUAACUUGUCAGACCUGCGUUUCCGUCCUUACCUACGGAGCUAAAUCUUGCCCACAAACUUCAAACGAAAAUCAACAAUAUGAAGAUUAGAGGCGAAAGCAUUGUUACUUACUUGUGGAAGUCGGGGACAUGAGAUGAUUUUCACAUCCCAGAGCAUCAUAGAUAGUUCUGUUAAGUAAAAUCAGUAAGACCAAACCACUGGAAAACAUGCAUUUUAGAAACUUUAAAAUAAAUGGUUAACAUGGCAUUUCUAAGAAGGCAUUUAAUCCAGUAUCUCUAGUGUACAAAGGAAACUUCAAGUAUUAAUGGAUGAUUUUUAAUGAAAUGUUUUAUUGUUUACAAACGGUAUGUUGCUGUGUACCUAAGAGUAUAGUAAGGUCAAGGACAGUAUCAAAGUAUAAUAAAAUAAAAAUUUUAUACUCUCCAUAUAUUUGUUUGGAAUCACUCUUGUAUGAUAUAAAGGCAUGUAUAUUAUCUUUGUAUUAGAACCAAAAAAGUUAUUUAUUUUGGUCCCUAUGAUUUUAUUUUUUAAGAUAAAUUAAUAUACUGUAUUUUUUAAAGUAUAGGUUUAGGUUUACAGAAUAAUAGAGCAGAUAAUAUAUAGAGUUCCGUACACGCACCGCACCCCAUACCCUCAUUCCUCCUUACACAAUUUCUCCUAUUAUUAAGAUGUUGCAUUAGUGUGGCACAUUUGUUACAAAUGAUGAACCAAUAUUAAUUUAUUAUUAAUUAUAGCCCAUAGCUCACAUUAAGAUUAAUUGUGUUGUGAGGUUAUGUGGGUUUUGACAAAUUCAUAAUGGCAUGUGUGCACCAUUGCAGUCUCAUACAGAAUAGUUUCACCACCCUCAAAAUCCUCUGUGCUUCACUUAUUUAUCCCUCCCUCUGAGCCCUGGCAACCACUGAUCUUUUUACUGUCUCUACAGUUUUGCCUUUUCCAAAAUGUCAUGUAGUUGGUUGGAAUUAUGCAGUAUGUAGACUUUUUAGACUGGCCUCUUUCACUUAGCAAUAUGCAUUUAAGGUUCCUCCAUGUCUUUUUGUGACUUGAUAGCUCAUUUUUUAUUGCUGAAUAAUGUUCAUUGUAUGGAUAUAGCAUAGUGUGUUUAUCCAUUCACCCAUUAAAGGAAAUCUCGAUAGCUUCCAGUUUUUGGUGAUUAAAAAUAAAGCUGCUAUAAACA